AUGUACUCUGAAAACUUAUCCCAAUCCUCUAAUGCUGAUAAUAAUAAAGAUUCACAAAACUUAAUUUUCUCCAACAAACGUAAUCAUAUAAGUGAGGUAUGGAAUUAUUUUGAGAAAAUCGAAUGGGGAAAGGACAAAAAAAUUGCAAAAUGUAUAAUUGCAAAAUGUACACACAAUGCUUUUUCCUGUGGAAAGGAAGGUACAACAAGGCCACUCUGGCAUCAUUUGGAGAAUUCACAUUGGAUGGUUUAUGUUAAGACUGAAGAAUAUUAUAAAAAAAAGAAAAAAACACAAAUAGAAAGUGGAAACAUAGAGGAAUUUUUAAAAAAGUCAUCUGUGUCUCCAGUCAACUCCUCCACUACUAUUGAUAAUGAAAAAUUUCAUGAUAUGAUUGCCAUUUGGCUCAUCAAUUGUCAACGUCCAUUCCUCACAGCAGAAGAUCCUGAACUUAUUGAAAUAUUUAGAUAUUUGAAUCCCAAUGUCAAACCAGUGAAGGCUGAUGCAAUUAAGAAUACAAUUAUGAAACUUUACAAAGAGGGAAAGAGAGAGUUAAAGGUGUACCUCUCCACUAUAAAUUCCAAAAUUUCUUUUACAUCAGACCUUUGGACCUCUCCCAAUAACAAGGCCUUUGUUUCCGCCACAGCUCAUUACAUUGAUGAUGACUGGGUCCUUCAUGAGACAGUUGUUGAUUUUGGUUUGAUGAAAGGGAAACAUGAAGGUGUAAAAAUUGCUAAUGGGUUUUUUGAUGUGUUGAAGGAUUAUGACAUUAUAUCAAAAUUUCAAGCUAUUACCUUGGACAACGCCUCUAAUAAUGAUACAUUUGUACGGGAAUUAGCAACAAAAUUAAGAGAAGAAACAGAGACUGAGGAACUCAACUCUGCUAUUCGUACUUCACCUCAAUGGGUUGAACUUCUUGAAAAUGCUUGCAAUGCAUGCAAAAUUAAAGUUCUCAAGCCUAUCCUUGAUUGCACUACGCGUUGGAACUCUACACAUGAUAUGAUUAGGAAUGGUCUUUAUCUUAAACCAGCACUCAACACCCUCACUAGCAUUCAUGAUGACCUUCAUCAGUAUGCCAUCUCUCAUACACAGUGGGCUACUCUUGAAAAAAUUGUUGAAUUCCUUGAACCAUUCAAAGACCUUACGUUAAAGAUGUCAACUAGCUCAUAUAGUACAGCCUACCUUAUCAUCCCUCUCUUCAAUAUUAUUAUUGAUCAUGUUGAAGAUACAGCAGAUUUAAGUGAAGGUGAAGUGACUGGGAAAAUUCAGAUAGCAGCUAAAGCAGCAAGAGAUAAGUUAGUACGAUAUUAUUCAAAAACAAAUAUGUUUAUGAUGUUGUGUACAGCAUUAGAUCCAAGAAGAAAGCUUUAUUAUUUUACAAAGAAAGGAUUUCUAGAUGAUGAUAUCAGUGAAACAAAAAUGCUGAUGCGACAUCUCCUUGAAAUACAUUAUACAUCAACAUCCAUAUCUAUCACAAAUUCAUCAUCAAUUAAUGAUAGUAAUACAAAUAAGGAUACAGAUGUAUUGGCAUGGUGGAAGGCCCAUCAGAAACAGUUUCCUCAUCUUGCUUGUAUAGCCCGUGACUAUCUUUCAAUUCCUGCAACCUCCACUUCCUCUGAACGCCUCUUUUCUUCAAGUAAAAAUAUGAUCACAGAUAAAAGAUGUAAGUUGGCACCAAAGACUGUAAGAGCAGGACAAUGUCUUAAAUCAUGGAUGCAGGGGCCUUUGAAGGAGAAGUUGGGAAUUUAUUCAAGCAAAUAA